AUGGCUCUGAAAUUGAUGCUCGUGGUGUGCAUGUUGGCCAUCGCUGAGUUAAUGAUGAUGUCUGUGGUUGAGGCUGAAUGCCGUUGGACAGGAUGUCACGCUCACUCAGCUGGCGACUGGUGUAACGUUUUAGGACCAGGAUAUCGUGUAAAGAAAUGGGAACGUUGCAAUGGCCUUUUAGGAAAAAUGGAAUAUUGCUACACAGCAAGCGUUUGCCACGAUUUUGCUAUUUUACAACCUAAAAUGGAGCAGAAAGAUGAAAAGAAGACAAUUGAAGAAAUAUUCACGGAGGCGCUUUUCAAGUUCUCGAUCAACAGUCUACAAAAAUAUGAGUUUUUCAAUUCGAAAGACAAUUUUGCCUUUAGUCCAUAUAACUUAUAUAAAGGACUAUUAUUGGCUUAUCUUACGUCCAGUGGUGUUAUCGAAGAAAGCUUAAAAGAAAUCCUUUUUUUAACGGAAGUCUCGGAAAAAUGUGACUUGAUAGAUACUGUUAAUUUUGAUAAAAGCUUUGAAACGGAGAUGACCGCAGAGAAAAAUGUAUCUGCAUUUGCGGCUGAAUGCGAUUACGAGAGCAAAAGUAUGUGUUUUAUUGAAAAAAGUAAGCUUUCCGAAAACCCUUCACAGAUAAACAAAAUUUUUAAUGGUGGAUUCGUGAACUUGGACGACGAUACUAACGCGAAUAUAAAUCGAAUCAAUGAAGAAAUACAAUGUCAGACAGAGAACUUUCAUAGUCCGCAGGAAUUAAGCGCGCUCAAUGGAAAUAUGGAUAUUGCUUUGAUGACCGUACUCCGUUUUAGCAAUCAAAAACUUCUUUCAAUCGGCUAUCAAUCUGAUGCAUCAAGUGCAUCGACUGAUUCUGAUAAAGGGAUGUUUAAAUGCAGUUUCCAUAAGAAAUUACAAAUACUUGUAAGCGAGUUUCCCUACAAGAAUGGAAAUACAUCGCUGUUUGUGUUGGCACCCUGUUUCUUCGACACAGACAACAAAUGGAAAGUGAUGUUUAACCACGUUGCCAUUUCUAAUAUGAUCAAUUUAUUGUGGACCAAAAGAGGAAUGCUCGAAUUGCGCAAGAUCUUGGAUCAUCAGGCUUCAUUAUUAAGAGUUACAAAUUUUUCAUAUUGGCCGGUCUUCGAAUUGGAGAAAGAUUUUAAUAUACUCCUGUUGCUGCGAUCAAUAGGCUGCCAACAAUUAUUGACAUCCGACGCCGUCAAUCUGGACAGUUCUUUCGCAAAAGACGGACACAAAGUGCAUUUCGGCAACGUCGUGCACCAUACUCACGUCAAGGUUACAAAAGAGGCCACCGUCGCGGGCGCGAUGACUUUGAUCACCGGAGUAAGCUCCCUUCCAAACUCGAGUGUAAUAGUCGACGUGCAAUCCAAAUAUCCGUUUGUCUGGCUGAUUUAUGACAAACAGCAUCGAAACAUCCUCUUUAUCGGCGUUUGCAAUGAAUUCGAAUAAGCUGUUUUUUUUUCUAUUAGAUGAGACGAACGAAUAUAUAUUAAAUUUGUAGGUAUACGAAUCGGACAUACAAUACUAUGAAACGAAUACUAAUAACAAAUUUGUAGUUUCUACAAAAUGCUGCAAUUGUUGAAGCUAUAAUUUCUUUCGAGUCAAUCUUUUGUCGAUUUGAGUUAAAGGGAUUCUAAACGCCGUCCUGUUUUAUUGAUAAAACAUUGGUUUCUUUUUAUUGGUUAAUUAAAAUAAUAAAUGCUUUUCUAUAAUUAAAGCACAUAUAUAGGAAACAAAGUGCGAACCUACUGCGUGAUAUUAUAGCCAAAAUGUUUUGUUUAAUUAAAAAUUUGAAGU